GACACGACGCCUGACGAGCUGCUGAGCGCUGUGAUGACAGCUGUGCUCACAGAUGUUGGAUUAUCACCUGACAAGCUGGGAGACGUCUGUGUGGGUAACGUUCUGCAGCCCGGCGCCGGCGCUCUGAUGGUCCGAGUGUCUCACUUCCUCAGCGGGUUUCCAGAGAGCGUCCCCGUCUACACCGUCAACAGGCAGUGCUCCUCCGGCCUG